CGGGGAAUUAGUGUUGGAGAAUUUUCCUCAUCCCUGGGCAGAUGUUAAUUCUGAUGUUGAAGAAAUUAGUCCCAUAAAGCCACGAGCCGCUUCAGUCAAACCACCAAAACGUCGCUACCGUGGUCCGUAUCCACCCUUAGACCCGAGCCCCAUCUUACACUACAGGUCGCGCCUCUCAGUUUCCAAGUUUCAAAAGUAUAAGAAAUUUUUUCCGUCCACAGUGACUGUCCGAUGUCCAGAUUCGGAGGAUAUUGUAACCGAUCCUCCUAAGGGUCACUUUUUCGGGGUGCAUAUUCUUUCCAUAAAAUUAGGAUUCCGCUUUCCCACACACCCUUUGAUUAUCGAGUUUUUAAAUGAUCUUGAAAUUUCACCUUGUCACUUGACUCCGCUCGGUCAUCAGUAUCUGGUAGCUUUCCUGGUCCGGUGUGAGACACUUGGGAUUGAACCGUCCCUAGACCUCUUCAAGCACAUGUUCCGAGACAAUUUGUCUAUGUGUCGUCUGGAUCUCCGUUACCUUUUUCAUCGUCUUUGAAUUGUCGAUUUAAGAAGUAUUCGUACCCGAAACUUCCGGUUGACCAGGAAACAUGGCCGGCUAUGAUUCUUUCUGGAGGACCGUAUAGCCUCUCUGCCUUUACUUCCGAGGACCGCCUAACCACGGUUGGACUCUAUUCGCCGUCACCAUGUUCGGGUGCACACGCAUCCACGUCCACGGAUCAAGAUAUGACAUCGCGGUUGGAGAUGUUCCAAAGCUUCGACCAGGAUGGGCCUCGCGGUAGUGACCAGGGGCGCUCUGACAAGAAACCAAGGGUUCCCUCCGUCACAAAAGGCAAGGAUGCCAUUGUAACUGUGCCUUCAUCCAUUGCAAAACGCAGGGCCGCUAGCCCCGCAGCCCGCGUCACCCGUAGCAUGAGUGAUAUUCCCACGGCGGGGAUGACUACUUGGUUACGAGGUAACCUUGAGUUACCUCCGCUCUUAUCACAGGUGAUCACGGCGACUGAGAAGGAGAAAAUUUCAACACUUGACCAUGCUGCUUUAGAGAAGAGGAGCCACCAUGGCCUGGCCGAGCUACUGUUGUCCAUCUCCGAGGUGAACCGAAGGAAAGAUGAGCGCGAGAAAGAUUUGUCGCUACAACUCACCGAAUUAGCGAAGGAGGUGGCAUCGCUCAAGCUCGUGCGUGACUCACAUGCAGCCGAGGUCACUGCGCUUAAAGAAAUGCACGCCGUGGAGUUGGCCAAUGCAAGGGGGCGGGCCGUGGAUGCAUACAAGAAUUCUCCAGAGUUCGUGUCUGAUCAGGAAGCAUACAUUAAUGCCCACUUGAACGAUAUUAGCAAGCAUUGGUUGUCUACUCCGGAAGGUCGUGAGAAAUUGGCCUUAGAGAGCUACGUCUCCUACCAGAUCGGGAUAUAUGCCACUCAACAGAAAAUAUAUCCUAUCUUGAGGGAUAAGGCUGGUACCUCUUGCAUCACUGAUUGGGGACUUCCUCCUGAGGUUCCCAACCCUGAGAACCCGGUAGCCAACACGCCCCUGGACUAUAUUCCUUUUGACAGACUCCCCACUGAUGAGGAGCUUGGCGAUCUUCCUUCCGAGACAGAUCACCCAGCUUCGACUGCUUCUGUGCCUUAGAGCAUGCAUGGGAGUGACGGAUGGACGUAGUGUAGACUUUAAUUCUGUCAUGUCUUCAAUUACGAGUACCCGAAUUGCUCAACAUGUUUUGAAUUUCAUAAAAUAAUAAUGAUGCAUGUCUUAUUUUCCUUUCGUUAUUGUUU